UUUAAUUCCGGAAAUUAACAAACUCGUGAUGUCAGGAGGCGAGCAGAAAGGGUCGAGUUGUUAAGCAUAGGAAAAGUCUGGCUUGUUUGGAUUAUAAUUAUUUUGGAGUAUAAUUAUUUCUGAACACUUCGGCAUCAGCUAACUAUAAUGGAUGCGAUGAAGCGACGGAAGAUGGAUAUGCUGCGCCGCUGUAUGGUCAAAGUGCCUUAAAGUGAAGGAACUGUCAGCGACUAACUGCUCUAUUUCGCUUCCUAGUCCGGGAUUUCCUCACCUUCAGCUAAUAUGACACGACAUGUUUUGGAACAGGCGACAGAUUUCGGCGAUUUCACAAGAGGUAAAGAGCUAAAAGACUUUUUGAAGCAGUCUUAUGCGAAAAAUUCUUCAAAAAGCUGCUUGUCUAAUAUCCGCAUUAGUCCAGAUGGGCGACACAUCCACAUUAUCCAGCAAGCUCCGAGAACUGGUCUCAUGACCCAUGACAGAUAUCAGAGAGCCCACCUAGUGCAGUGCCAGGAGCAUCUGGAUUUAGUGCUGACACGGAAUGUCUCGAUAGUUGACCUACUUUAUUUCAAACAAAACGACUCAGAGGAUGGAGCCCUUCUGCUUGGAAUCAUAUUUGAGAAUGGUAAAGCUGAAUUAUGGAAAUUCUCCGAGCGGAAAUCUGGAUGGAGCUUGCUUCAGACUGUGGAUCUCUGUAACAGCUCCAGAGCCAAAAUCGUUUCAGUUUGCAUCAGUGAGAAUUUCAUCAUAUGGUGUGAGGAGAGACCAGCCUCAGAGAGCUCUUCAGUGUCCAGUGUGGAUCGCAGUAACUUCACAUACUGCAUCUGUAAAAGGACUUUUGAUGUAGAUGAACGGGGUAUCUCCUUGGGUGGAGUCAAAACUGCACUGCACAAUAAUCCUCAUUAUUCAGUUAUCAGUACCGGAGAUAUUGUAUAUUUGUUACCAAAUAUAAAGGAAGAUUCUUGCACGAGUGUUACAAAAGUGUUUUUAUCAUGGUCCCCUCAGAACGAUGUCUAUAAGGUCCACAGUGCCAGUGAUGGAACUCUUUUCAUCAGAAAAUCCACAGCAAACAAACAGUUUGACUUCAAGAGAUUGGUCACGGACUGCAUCGGCUAUCUGUCCACCAUUACCCCGCCUGACAUCUAUAGUUUUAGUCCUGCUGGACAUGGGGAUAUCCUGCUCCUCCUCAGCUCUGGGUGGGUUUGCAUUAUGCAAAGAGAUGGAAGUCUACGGCAGAUUUAUAAACUGCCUGACAACUGCCUCACUACAUGUGGGACUCAAAACAGCCUGAACAUGUAUGAUGACGUCAUUGCACUAACAGUGGGCAGAAUGAUGUACCUAAUUGACAUUAAGUGUGGCGUGGAGUUGGAGAGGAUCCCUUUGAAAAGGGAGGGCCUCCUGUUUGUGAACUGUUUGGAGACUUAUUCCCCACAGAUGUUCUCAGAGGCUGGGUUAUAUAUGGUAAUCCAGAAGGAGAUUGAAGCAAAAUCCAAGCCAGCAGGUGCCCAUUUAGAGAAUAUUAACUUAGGUGCUGUCUUGAUUGAAACUGUGUUUGAGGAGGCAUGUAAAUAUUACCAACAGAGAAGUCUUAGCACCACACAGCUAACAGCCGAAAAACUCAAGAAGGGCGGGAUGUUUCAGGCACCUAUCACACUGGCAAACAUCAUCAGGGAAUACUUGGGCAACAGUAAGAUGAAAAUGGCAGGGAAGGAUUCUUCAGGACAUGAGAAACUGUUAAGCUGUCUUAACUCUGAGCUGAAGAGUCUCAUUGCCCUGGAGGACAUUAAGGCAUCAGUGGUGAAAGCCUCAGAAAAAGAUCUACAGAGUCAUUGUGAGACUCUAGUUCAGCAGGAACUCUGCAGACUACUCAGCUCAGAAAUCGAUAGGGAAAACCUACAAUAUCUGAAUAGUAUGUUCCAACUAUUCCCUACCGAGACCUGGCAAGCCGUACAAGCUGUGCUCCAACUCAGAUGCAACGGCGAGGGCUCAUUAUCUACCAAAGCGCCUGCUGAAUUAUGGAAGAUUGUUCUAAGCACUGUCCAAACGACACCUAACUACUACAAUAGUCAGCAGAAAAACACCCCAGCCAAUGGUACAUUGCCAGUCUUCGAGUUGCUGUGUCAGUCCAUGUUUAAAUUCCAGCCCAGCUGGCUUCCCAUGUUUCUGGAGCUGGCACAGCAGCAGUCCAGCUCUUCAUCUACGUCUUCCUGGAGUUUUGGAAAGGAGAACUCUGAGAGCUUACCUUUAUAUAAACGGGCUCUUGCUGUCCUUCCAGGUAAAAGUGUCUGCCAGGACCUUGAGGUGGAGCUGCUGUUGUGUAGCCAGCGGCCUAAUGCAGUAAUGCAGGCCCUCCGCAUGCUCAUAGGACAAGGCCAGUGGGACCGUGUCACCCAGGUGGCCGAGAAGCACUGCCGUCAAAGCCCUCUUCUCAAUAAGGAGAUUUUCACCACACUGCUGAGUGAGGUGUCCCAGCACAGAGACCUGGACCCCUAUCUGGACUUACUAUGGGCCCUUUGUCCGGAAGACAUGACUGUUACUGGAAUUUUAAACCUAGUUCUCAAAAAUUUGCCCCCCACUGCACAAUCCUCUGGCCCGUUCCAGGGACAUUUGCACGGGAGUCAGCUCACUAUUGGGCUUCUGAAGCCUCUGCUGAGUAAAGUUCUCCAGCGAGAGACAAGAUCCAGCCAGAGGUAUGCAGACAUUCUCCAGUCCCCCACCCUCCCUCCCCCUACACCUCGACGUCAGGUCGUAGAGUUGGCACGGGUCAACACUGAUCUGGACAUUGACCUAAAGGAGAAAAGUCCAUCUGGAUCACCAGUCACCUCUAUCUGACAUUCCCAGACACAAAUCAGAUCAGUAUCACCAUUGGCUGUGGUUCUUGCACAGGCCAGACACUGUUGGCCUUAGUGUUAUCACUGAUAACAGUUUGUCCAAAGUGAGAUGUAGGAACCUUAAUGGGGCCUACAUUAAAGGCUUUUAAAAUAUUGAUUGGUCUCUAGUGAACUGCAGAGUUUAAGUAUGGCCUCUUUUUAUUAUAUUUUUUAAAAAAUGGUUUCUUUGGAGCAUCAUUUUAUGUUUUUUUGAUUUAAUGAUAUGAUUCUUUGAUUUAAUAUGAAUGUGUCCUUAUUUAAGCUUCAUGGAACAUUCAUUGUGUUAAAAAGGCAUGCUCUUUUAUACUGACCUGAUUCAUGGGGGUCAAAGUCACAUCACAGUAUAUUUUAUAUAAAAUAUGUCAAACUGGUUACUUUUAUUGCAAAUAGAACAAACCUUGCCUUAUUCAAGGGUAACAGUUGAAAAGGUGUGCUUUUGGUGGAGCAGCUUGAGGUUCAGUCAUUACAGGAAAUCUAUUAGCACCUAGUGUGGAGCUGCACUGAGCCAUGCUGUCCGCUUCUGGCAGUGAAACAUUUGAGUAUUGCUAUAACACUACAGAUGAUGUUAUCUAAAUGUGCAUAAUAAUUACACUUAACUGUAGUAAGUAAUGUGGUGAACAUAUAAUAAUAUGUUAAUACAAAAUGUAUAUAAAGUCAUUCAAAAUUUAAUAAAUUUAUAAUUUAUUUCUACAGACAGGUGAUAAGUUAAAGGAUUAAACACUUGUUACUUUUUGUUAUAUUUUGCUGGCAUGGUAUGUGUCCACUUGUCCCCUUAAGAGGGGUCACUACAAGUCACUACAAACUUAUUCUGCCUGAUCACAUUUAUCCUAUGAGGAAACAUUUCUCUCUUGAUGUGAGUGGUCUCCUCCAACAUGACAAUGCCACUAUUCACAAGGCACGAGGGCUCACUGAAUGGUUUGAGUAUGAAAAUGAUGUAAAUCAUAUGCUAUGGCCUUCGCAGUCACCAGAUCUCAACCCGGUUGAACACCUAUGGGAGAUUGUGGAGUGACGUUUAGACUGUGCUCUCCACCACUAUCAUCAAAACACCUAGAUGUUUUGGAAGAAUGGUGUUCAUCCCUUCAGUACAGGUCCAGAGACUUGCAGAGGACCUGGCAGCUCAUGGUGGCCAACACCUUACUUAGACACUCUAAGUUGUUUUUUCCUUUACUUUGUCACCUGUUUGUAUAUUGAGUAAUAAAUUACUUGACAUGACAGUUCCAAGCAUGUAUACAAGUUUAACCUUAUCAAGAAAAUCUAAUUUAGGAACAUGAAAACCCCAUUUGUGUACUUUUCGACUCCUCCUUCUCUGGUAAACCAGUGUUGCAUGGCCUGUAGUUGCAUAUUUGAACAGGAUUGGCUCUUAUAUAUAAUGAUGCAGUAACACUUGUUCUAAUAUGUUCAAAACCAGCUGAGAUUUUCAGCUCCCCUUGGUUCUUCAAUUAAUGUAGCAGAAGCUCUAUGGUGACAUUUUCACACUUUGCCCAGUCUGUGUGCGCUUAAGAAAUUCCCCAGAAAGAUUUAGGGUGACUUUAAGUAUGCAUGAUAAAGCAUUUAACAAUUGCUUUGGUGAUAUAACUAUAUAGAUAUGCAGAAGCCAUGAAAAUGUUGUUUGCUGUUUUGUUGGCAUGUUCAUAUAGGAACAAAUACUUCUGAAGACACUAUUGGAAAAAUAAUGGAAAAAUAAUUAAAGAAUGGUCUGUAUAAACCUAUUAAGUAGUCUUCUCUGUUGUUUCGAAGUUACGUCUUACUUCUUGUAUUUUUCAUUCUGCUCACUAUCCAGCAGUAUAAACUUAGUUGCUAGUUCCUACAAGAUUUAGCAUUUACAUUACAACCCAACCUAUUUAUCAACAUGAUAUAUCUUAUUUACUGAUGAUUAACUAGGAAUUCAGCAUUUAACCUCCAACAUAGAGAUUAGAUGUUGAUUUUCAAACACAGAUUCUGAGUUAGAGGUUCAGAGUCAGGAGCAGUCACAACUCUGCCUUAAAUUGAAUUUGAAGUAAAUUUUAUUAUGCAGAGAACAAGAGUGACUUUUAAAGCAUGUUGCACAGACAUGUGACUCUGUAUUGGUUCAGCACAGCUAAUUUCAUUUUGUGUUGCCUUUUAAGUCACACCUUUUUCCAUCCCAUGACCACAAACCAGUGCUUAACAUCAGUAUGUUAUUUAAUUGGAUGCAGUUUGCAUUUUUUUAAAGCUUUUGUGGAGACCUUUUGUUUGCUAUGGGAACAGAAAGGAUUUUCAUUGAACAGAAGAUUUAAAUAUAUCAACAUAAACAUGUUGAAAAUAGGAUUUCUUGAAAACUGUCAAUGUUCAAUAAUUUGAAAUGCUGUAUUUCUGUACAUGUUACACAAUUCAUUUCUUUUUAUUUUUGUAAUUUUGUGCAUCAUAUGUAUUAUUUACAUACUGUAUAACACAAUGAGCUUCAUGCACCAAAUACCAAACUCAGUAAAGUACUGAUCAAUGACA